AUGUCUUCAACACGAAAAUUGACUCGUCUAAAUCCUAAGUUAGGAAAGAAAACAAUUUAUAAGCUCAAUUGUUUUCCACGUACACCAGUUAGUACAACGAAGGAAUUAUUCAGUCGCACCGAACUUGAGUUGGUAGAAUGUUGUAAUUUUAAAGUUGAAACCGUAAGAAAUCUUCAAAUACGAGCUGCCAGAUGGAUUACACCAGAAUUCGUAUCUGUGAUGGAUAUGAUCAUGGAAAAUACUUCACCAUUCUUGGCAACUUCAUUAAAAGGUUUAGAUGAGGCUUUAGGUGGUGGAAUACCAUUCUCUUCCGUUACUGAGUUCGUUGGACCAACUAGGUCCGGUAAAACACAGUUAUGUUUGACACUUUCAGUAUUGGCGACAUUACCAGAAACUAUGGGCGGACUUGGUGGUGGGGUGUGUUAUAUCGAUACUGAACGAAGUUUUAACGCGGACAGGCUUAUAACUAUAGCUGAGAAUCGAUUUCCUCAAUACUUUGAUAAAGAUGAACAAGGUCAAGCCAAUCUUGAUAAAAUGGCAUUGUCCAUUCAUAAGAUGGAUAUUGCGUCUUCAAAAGAUUUGAUAAAAAGAUUGGAUGAACUUCAAGAAUUCAUAAUUGAAAAUGAUGUUAAAUUAUUAAUAGUAGAUUCGAUUGGAUCACUUGUUAGAAAAGAAUAUCAGAAUCCCGUAAAGCAAUAUGGAUGGGGAGGGCCUUUGUUAUGUUUAACACUAGUAACAAAUCAAGUGAUCACUAGGAAUCAAAGUGAAACCGUAUUACCAAAAGAAUGUUCUCGUCCGAUCAAAAAGUCGCGCGAAGGAGGUCCAGAAAUUACUGCAGCAUUAGGAAAUACUUGGGCACAUUCUGUUACUACACGUAUAAUGUUGAAUACAUUUCAUAUUAGAAAUUUAUCAAAUAUGAACUUUACAACAUUGAAUAAUUUAUUUCCGGCAAAUUUGCAAGAAUUAACUAUUGUAAAAUCUCCUAUUGCUGCAAAUAUUACAAUUUAUUAUACUAUUGAGAACGAAGGAAUCGUGGAAUUCAUUUCGUCAAAAAGCACAGAAGAUAACCAAAAAGUUGGCAUUAUGGAGGAAAUUGAUAUAUGUGACGCAGAGCAAAGUAAACUAUCGAGUAAAAAGAAAAAAUCUGACGUUGCUGAAUGGUUUAUAUCAAAAUUGUGGGCAUAA